CACCGACUAGUACCCACUCGGCUCUCGAUCAGCGCGCGCGCAUGAUACCGACAGAUACCGAUACCGAUACCGUAUAAAAGGGCGCGCGCCCUUGGCACCACACAGUUCACUCCUACUUGGAACUCUGUUCACUUCGAAAUUUGAAAAUGGACUUCCGUCACAGUCACGGCGACCAUGAUCAUGAUCACGAUCAUGACGAUGGGGAUGGGGUUAUCCUGGCGAAGGGGGUGGCUAUGGCUGUCCUGUUCUGUGCUUCCAUGGUCUGUGGAAUAGUUCCCCUGCUCCUGGCGAGGAAGUUCAACUGGGUAUCAGCUGGAGAAGCGAGUAAUUUGAAGUCUACGAAUAGGAUAGUGAUGACAUUGCUGUCUUUUGGGGGUGGAGUGCUUCUGUCGACCACCUUUAUGCACCUGAUUCCUGAGGUGGACCAUAAUGUGGAGUAUUUGGAGGCGAAAGACCUAAUCCGCAGCUUCGAUUUCUCCCUGGCGCACCUGCUUAUGUGCUGUGGCUUCUUCAUCAUGUACCUGGUUGAGGAACUGGUCCACAUGUACAUUCAUCGAAGGGAGCGCAAGAAUGCUAAGGCCAUGCCGCUAGUCCGGAACCUGAGUGUGCGCAAGAGCCGCGCCAGCCCGGACAGCGCAGGGGAGAAGAGUGUCACCAACUCUACUGCAGACCUCAUUGAGCCGGAAAAAUUAAAGAACGACGUGGAAGUCAACCAUAACGGUCACCACCACCACCAUCACAGCCACAUGCCAGUGAACAGCGGCGGCGAUGACGUCACCGCAGCUCUGCGAGGUCUUCUCAUCGUGCUCGCGCUUUCCAUCCACGAGCUCUUCGAAGGUCUAGCUGUCGGAUUAGAAUCAAGUUCGACGAAUGUGUGGUACAUGUUAGGCGCAAUCUCGGCGCACAAACUGGUGAUCGCCUUCUGCAUCGGCGUCGAGCUAAUCGCAACCCGCACCAAAACUUGGCUGGCCAUCAUCUACAUCACAACGUUUGCCAUCGUAUCUCCCAUGGGCAUAGGCAUUGGGCUGGCUCUAGUCGGUGGACAAGGGGCCACGGCUGCUGGAGUAUACUCUGUGGUGUUACAAGGCUUGGCGUCUGGAACGCUGCUUUAUGUCAUCUUCUUUGAAAUUUGGAAGGGCGACAGAUCGGGGAUUCUGCAAUAUGUCUCCGCCCUUGUUGGAUUCGCGCUGAUGUUUGGACUACAGUUAGUUACACCUCAUACUCACUCUCAUGGCGGCGACGGUCAUACUCACGACAGGAAGUGAAGACGACGACGGGAUUCAACUGCUAUGAAGAAUUUUAUUGUUACGUUGGAUUGUAU